AUGGCUGAAGGAUGCAUCAAGCCUUGUCUCAAAAGGCGUAAAGUUAACAGUAAUUUUAAUUUUACUCAAUCAACCAAGAUAAGUGAUCUCAUGGACAUCCCCCCGGUUGCUCUAAUAUCUCAUGACAACUUGUCCUCAGAAUUAUAUUAUCCUAAGCCACUUAUGCAGCUCUGGAAGGACUGCACUGAAGUCAAGUCCACAAAAGCUUCUUCAGGAGGGCAGCGAUCAUCAUCACAAGAGCAACAGCCGAAAAACUCACCACCUCAUGAAAUUCCACCUCAGGCUGGGGGAGAGUAUGAUAUGGAAACAGGUGGUCUGCCGAUGGACUUCACAGAUGGCAUUGAAAACCUCAGAGCAAACAUGAGUGCAGAGUAUGACAGAGCUUACGAUACUCUGCAAAGUGACCAUAGUACUCGUGGAAGUCCUGAGUUAAGUCGCAGGUCUGCUUCAAGCUCUGGUGGCUCUGGACUGGCAUUUAUACCAUUGGAUCCAGAAGUACAAUUGCCACCAGGAAGUGGAAGGUGA